GGCGCUCGAAUUUAACAAAGUGCCACCGUGUACCUAGGCGGUUUGCGUUUCGGAGCGGUGGUAGAUGAGCUAUUGAAAUAUACGCGAUUCUUUCAAAUUGUGAAAGACUUUCAUUGUCGUGAAACGACCUUACCGUGACCUCAAGGAGUGUGCAGUGACUGUUGGUGAUAUUCAAGUGCAGUGAUGAGACCCCCGACGGAGUACGAUGGAGGCGCACGCCUGCCUGCCGAGGCCGAGGAGCCGGAUCCAAGGGCACCAGCCAUGAUGAUAUGUGCUAGAUUAGCAGGACGCGCGAUAAUCAGGGUUGUAGGAAGAUGCGAAGAUGCACAAGAAAACAGUCAACUUGACUUGUCGGAAUGCCAGCUCAUGCAAGUACCUGAUGCAGUAUACCACCUCAUGCGACACACAGAACUCAAAACCUGCGAUCUCAGUGGGAAUGUUAUAACAAAGAUACCACCCAAAUUCGCUGUCAAAUUUAGUUUAAUCACAGAAUUAAACCUGUCAAACAAUCAAAUGGCCAAGCUACCUGACGAGCUGUGUACCCUGGCUUGCUUACAACGGCUGGAUAUCUCACACAACACCUUUGUGGCUCUACCAAGCAUUGCAUCCCAGUGCCCCAGUCUGCAUACACUUCUUGCUCAUCACAAUCAAAUUAUUGAAGUGGAUGUCGACAGAUUAGCCAGAUCUCGAGCCCUUGAAUAUGUGGAUCUCAGUGACAAUCCAAUCCCUCCACGGACACACGAUGAACUGAAGCAGCUGACGCGACCUUCAGUCACUGUCUCAGAGAGAGAGAAAGAGGACUGGGAAGAAGACCUCUUAAUUUAGAUAAUUGUUCUCUAUAGACUCAUGCAUUCGGGCCAGGAAUUGGUAAUUGGAAAAUGCAAGGCCUACUGCUAAAAGGGGAUGGUGCAAAGCUAAUUGAUUACGAAAAGCUGGCCCUAACUCAGCUGUGAUUUAUCUCUGUGAAAAGGGGACAAUAUCAACAUGAUAUUUUAGUGAAUUUGAUGUUUUGUGUAUACAAGUCUAUGAUGAUUAUUGUCAUGGUUGGAGACUUGAGAAUGAAUUUAUUAACAAAUGUGCUCAAAAUAUUUCGCGUACUUAAUUAGGAUAGGGAAACAUUAUGCCACAUCAAAAUAAUAUGAAAUAUAAUUUUGUGGCAUUAUUUGUGUAUUUAACAAUUAUUUGACAAAAUUCUAUGAUGAUCAUUUUGAAUAUGAAUAUAUUUUUGAUAUAUAAAAUGUUUGGAUCGGUAUUAUGUUGAUGUAUCUCAUUGUUUUGAAUACUAUUAUAUACUAGUCCAUCAUUUAAUUAAGUGCAAUGUUUAUUAAUAAUUCCAAAUAGAAAAAAAAAAUAUUGUUAGUAUAAUUUUUAAUUAAGGUAACAUCUGGGCAAUACCCUAAGAUAAUAUGUUUUAGCAAUAUCUGCAAUAAUGAGAUUGCAUUUCUGCAAAAAUAUUUUUAGCUUUUUCUAUAUUAACUAUUUCAGAAUUCAGCACAUGGUGCUAUGUGAUGAACUGAUUACUACUAUUGCCCAAAGACGUAAUGACUGAUGCUGUAAAUCACUUUUACACCAACAUGUUUCAAAUGUGUAUCUAGAAAAUAAGUCUUUGUGAUGUGUUUUAGAAACUAAAAUUUAUUUUAGCUAAGUACCUAAUUAAAAACAUCAAAAAAGUU